GAAUGCAGCUGCAUGUAGCUGACUUUGAAUUUUUGCAGCUGGGUCCUGCAUGCCACUCUCAGUUUUGAAAGUUUUUUGUUUGUUUGUUUUUGUGAGAUUGGAUAAACAAAGAGAACAAUUCCCUUUAUCAUGACUCCUAGGGUCUUAAAGUUUUGUUCUCUGCAAGUUUAAAAUAAUGUAUCUCUUUUAAAACUCCCACCGAAUGUUUAAAAUUUAAGCCAACUGUAAAUAUGUAAUCAUUCAUGAGUUCCUCUUAAGAAAAAGUGUCACGUGGAAAAAAAAUGUUUUUAAAACUGAUUCAAGGGUUUCUGUGCUCGUGCUGGUCGCAGCAGCAGCAGAUGCGCCCUGGACGUGCAGAAUGAGGCCAACCAGUUGGUGGACCUGUACAUGUCAUGGAAAUGCUCCCUCAGCAACAGGAUCAUGGGCGCCGAGGACCACGCAUCCAUCCAGACGAACAUGGCGGACUUCGAGAAGGUAACAGGCAGGUUCAACAGCCAGUUUAAAACCUGUGCUAUCUAUGGGGCCAUUUGCAGGAUGGGUGAGUCAGAUGACUCCAUCCUCUGACUGGCCAAGGCCAACGGCAUCAUUUCAAAGAACUUCUGACUGGAGAGGAUGACGGAGGUGGAAUUUUUGCCAUAAAAAAAUAGCGAAAGCCCAGAGAGAGAGAAGUGGGGGGAGAGAGAGAGAGGAAGGAAGGAAGGAAGGAAGGAAGGA